UUGACAUUCAUGACAUUUUAAUAUCGUAGUGAUUUCUGCGUGAUAUUUCGUCUUCAAACUAUGCGAAAUGGACACCCAAGUUGACCCAGAAGCCGAGGUAAGGAAACUUCAAAGUCUGGUGAAGAAAUUAGAAAAGCAAAAUGAACUGCUCCGCAAUAAAGCUGGUGGCAUAGGCACCGACAAAAAUCAUACGCCUCCCCAAAAAUCUAGAGUGCGGCAAAACAACAUGGCGAUUUCUGAUGUGACAAACCACAACGACCGAAUGAGAACGGCAAAUCAUUUGGAGAAUGGUUCUGGUGACGAGGACCGGGCAAAUUAUAGUCUGAUGGAUGACAGUGUUGAACUUUUGGACAGUGAAAUCAACGACAUGAUGAAAGAAGAGGAAGAUAGUUGGUUGUACGUAUCCCCCUUGAGGGUGUUAACACCAGAGGAGCGAGCCAUCAAUGUCUAUGACUGGGUAAGACAAGAUCUGGAUCAUCCCAGUGAAGAAAUGGAGUCUGCCAAGAGGUCUUUGCAAGCCAAACUAGAUGAAUUAUCAAGAGCCCAGAGGAACAGCAUGGGACCCAAUGCUUUGGUUAUCCAGCAGCACCAGCACCAACAACAACACCAACAACAACACCAACAACAACAACACCAACAACAACACCAACCUGUCAUGGUGGAUGCGUCAGUGGGUGUAGGCCGACUAGAAUCCUCCCCAUCACCAUCACCCAAGUCUCCCCAGUCCAGUGCCUCCUCUAGCCACUUUCCGUACCAGUCCUCAACGAUGCCUCGGAGGGAGAGGGAACGAGAGAGAGAAAGAAGGAUCAGCGGAGACAGGAGACCCAGCGAUGAGCUGGGUUACACCAAACUGGAGGAUGUAACCGAUGUCCAAAUACUUGCCAAGAUGCAGGAGGAUAGUCUAAGACAAGCCAUGCACCAGUCUCCCUCCAAUUCUCCAAGGAGGGCCGUCACCGGUAUCUCACCAGCCUCCUCAGAGAACACCCUCCACAGACCGGCCUCUCGGACAAACAGCCACGGUAGCAACGCUGACAAGGACGAGGCCCAUGAGGCACACCUCGCAGGCGCCGAUGCAAACGCCAAGACGGCAAAUGUGGUACGGCGGAGGCCCUCGCUUGAGAGAAUAAAGAAAGUUGAAGGGGAUACACGUAGAUAUAGUUAUGGAGCAAAGAUGGCGCCCAACCAUACCGCUGAUAACGGGGACAGUAUCACAAUAGCCGAGUUGCAGAAACUCGCGCUUGAGAGGCAAGCAGCUCACAAGGGCAGCCUACCCAACCUGAACCGAACCUUCACCAAGGAGAGUCCCCCAGCCACGCCCCAGCCACCCACCGCAGCCACCGUCUCCCCCCAAAACAACCACACAGACCCCACAGAAUCCAGGCUCAAACACCCAACCAGCCCCUCACCAACGCGGUCCUUGCCAAGCCCAGGUAAAACAAGCUCCCUCAAACAGCCAUCACCGAGCAAACUACGGACCGCCUCGCCACAGCGCAGUGGGAUACCGGUUAGAUCGAGUGUCUCUGCUGAGCGGAGUGGUAUUCCAAGGCCCCGGUCGGCGGUUCUCAGCCCAAGAUCGCAGUUACUUGUUCCAGGAAAUAGGAGGGGGGACAGUUCGAUGAUGAGGGAACUCAAAGAAACCCAACAGUCAGAAUGGUAACCCUUGGCUGAUAGAUCGCCAGCGGGUAGCCAGCUCAUUAACAAUGCCAAGGAGAUCACGUAAGACUAAAGAUGAUUCGUGGAAGGAUGGAUGCUACUGAAGACACAAUCUCGCCUCACCAUUGCCAGGAGUAUGCUUGCUAACCCCCUAUCAAAAUUUGUCAAAAUUUUCUUAUGGUAGACUUUAGACCAGUUUAUGCUUCCUGCCAAUGCAAUAAUAGUUUUGACGUCACAUGGCUGUUUUCACAGCGAAUGUUUGGCAAGUGUUAAACAACUGUGGCAAAUUUUUCUUUGUGAAUUUGCGGCGUAAAAAUUCGUAUCCCAUUCGCGUUCGCAGGAAGUAUAGGAUCAGGCUUUAACCUGCAAACGCUUUUGGAAGAGUAAUGCAAUGGAAGUUUCGUCACGCAGGACUUUUUCCUCGAUUGAACUUUGCCCAACUUCAUGGCAUUGUUUACAGCAGAAUUAUGUUCUUGUGAUCACCUUUCUGUGCUUACGGGCCUAUUGUGGCUUGUAGACCAUUCUGUGCUUAUUGGCCUAAGAAACGGGUCUAAGUCACAGAAACACAAUUUUCUUGCAAUUCAUAGACGCUAAACCAAUGUUUGUAUGAGAGACAUCAGCUGUUGAAAGCUUGUUGGGAAGAUCAUAAUUAUAAACAAACAAACAAACAAACAAACAAACAUUUAAAAUGGAUCCAAAAUAAAGAAAGAAAAUAAUAUGUACAGAAAUUGGGAGAUAUUUUUAAAAGAAGAAAAUUUGUACACUUAGUAAUAAAUUUUCUGCUUGGGUUUUCACAAUUUGUACACUUCCUGUAGCAAUGCCAUGAAGUUGAGCCCAGUUGUACAUGUACAUAUCAAUUGCAAAGAUAAUCAUAAAACCAUUUAUUGCGCCAAACUUUUAACAAAAAUUCGCUUUAAGGAUUUAUUCCAGAGACCAGGGAAUUCCCCUCGUUGAACUGAACUAAUUUCUUGUUUUUAAAGGGCCUUGUUACACGAGGCACGUUUGACAGGCGACUCGGAGGCACCCAAACUGCACUUCAUGCAAUAAAAACACUUCAGUUGCAUGAGAGACUUUUGUAGAAACAGUGUCUGUCUAUCUUGAAGAAAUUGAUGAAAACAUUUUCAUGUGAAUGUGUUUUCGUCUUAGAGAUUGCCUGGAAAAUGGUUGCCUGUAGAUUGCCUUCUGUGAAAAUGGCCCUAAUCAAGCAACAGGGGUGUUUUCCAAAUCUUCGCUCACACUCAAGCUCGGGCUUUGUCAUCAAUUUUGAAGCAGGUUGCAUUUUACAUGGUGUUUCCAGUAUCAAUUAGAGCCUAGUGCCCAAGCCUUGGACCAAAUUUCAUAGAGUUGCUUUAGCAGAAAAUAUAGCUUAACAUUUGCCUGCUUAGCAAAAAUGACCAGGAUACGAGUCACAAGUUGUACAUGUGAUUUGGCGUUUUGGCUGGUGACCUUGUUCUGGUGAGCAUUGUUUUGUUGUGCUCAACUGCUAUUUGUGCUGAAGCAGCUCUGUGAAAAUGGGCCCAGAUUUGGAAAUAACCCGAGUCAAAGACAGUUAUAUAACACCCAAGCAGAUCCUUGCCAUUUGAUUGGAGGAUUGUCCGUCACGUGAUAGCAAAUAAAAGUACC